UGGUAUUUUGAAGUUUCGAACGUUUUACGGUUACGGCAACGGGAUGACUGGUGAGUGUUUACAAGCCGUUUUGCUGCUGAAAAUCAUCUUGCGGGUUUUUGCUAUUGUUGCUGUUGCGACAAGAUCUUAGGUUUUGCCGACGCAAGAAAGCUACCGGAGGAAAGCACAAGGAUGUCGUUCAACAGACGCAGAUGGUCGAACGAUCUCCGAGAUUCGUUGAUGGAGUAUCAGAGUAGAGAAGCAUCUAGAUUGGAUGACUCCUUAGAAUUAGAAUACAAUCCUAACAAUGGAUUAGCACCCGUUGAUGUACUGAAUGACAGUACAAAUAUAUCAACAAUGUUAGCAAGUCUAAAUAUACAAAAAAGUAAAGUAGCUUCCCCAAACUUGCAUAUGAGUGAGGAGCAUUCAGCUUGUACAUCUUUAACAAGCAAUGGUAGUAAAUCUUCAGAUGAUUUAAUCAACUUUAGUUCGACACAGGAUAGUAACAAUUCUAAAGAAACUGAAGAUAUAAUGAAUAAAAGUAUCCAAGAUGAACAUUCAUCACAAAACAAACUGCCUUUGCAAUUGGAUCAUCUCUUCAAUUUGAAUGACAGAUUAGUAGAAUGUACGACUUUGAGUUCAGAUACUGAGACUAUCAAAUUGUCUUCGUGUGACUCUAGUGUUCAAAGUAUCCUGAAAUUUUCAAAAGAUAAAUUUCAAAGUGAUCAUUUGAUGAUUUUGAAUGAGAGGAUCACAGAAAAUGUCACAAUGAGUUCAGAUAGUGGAACCAUCAAAUUGUUAUCUUCAAAUUCUAGUUCACAGAAUGUGGCUAGUUUAACUAAUGAAGAUCAACCAAACAAAGGUUCAACAGAGCAAUAUAGUGAAGAUAAAAUGACUUUUGAAUAUUUUUCAUCCCCUGGUGAAUAUUUGGAGAAGAAUGAUGAAAUUUGGGAUGCUUUAAUAUCGUUAGAAAAAGUAUUAUCACCAUUUGAUGAAGAUAAGGAACAGGCUAAAUCUCAGGAGCCUCCUCAAAUUUUAAAUAGGUUGUCCCAGAAGUUUAGAGAAACUCCAACAAGAUUCACAGAAAAACUUGUAUCAUUAAUAGAAGAGUCAGUUAUAUCAGAGUCACCAGCAAAACCGCAUCCAGGGGAUAACUCUGGUAUAAGUUUAGAUAGAAUGACUGGGGAGUUCCGCAAAUUGUGUAAAUUUAUUGAAGAUGAAUCCAUGCCAGAUUUAGCACCUUCACUAAUGAAUAUGACAACUUUGAAUCAUACAGAAACGCCACCAACUGAAGAAAAUGGGAUUAAAGGUAAUGUUAGAACACCAAAAAGUAUGAUUAAACAUCUUCAAGAAACUCCUAGUAAAACUUUCACAUCAAAAGCUUUCAAUUGCUUUGUCACACCUAAAAAUAAAUUAGGUAAUCAAACGCCAAUAAAUCGAUUUACACCAAGUGCAGAUAAGUCUUUUGAAUAUUGGGAAACGGUUUGUAAUAUGAUGUGCGAAAAUCAAGGAAGCGCCAAAAAAAAUUGCGGAAAAACUGUGACAAUACCAGAGGCGUCGAAAAUUAGCAUGGAUGAAAUGCUGACGAUUUGCGAACGGCAGAUGGCUUCGCUGGAUGACACAGUAGACAUAAGAAGUUCAGAGCCUUGUAAAAAGAUUGAAAAAGUUUUUGAAGCGCCAAGAUCUAAGUCUGUAUGUAAGAUGAAUUUCCCCGCAAAGGAAACAACGACAACAGAGCCCGCUAAAAAAAAGAUCAAUGAAAAACUAGAAUUUCACAAUGAUUUCGACUUAUUAAAGGAAUGUGAGGAUUUAAAACUAAAUGAAAAAGAUGCUUCUGAUGUUGAAUCUGAAUCGUCUGAAGAUUCCUACCAGCUCUCUACUAGAAACAGAAGAUCAAAUAUUCAUCAAAAAACAAUGGACGAAAAUACACCUGUACGUGAUGAUUCAGAUGAUUCUUAUUAUCUACUAACUAAGAAUCAAAGGACAAAUGUGCACCAAAAGAAAAAAGUUGAAGCUUUGAAGGAUGAUUUCAAAAUGUUGCCGUUCAGCCCCCCUCCACAAAUAUUCUCCAAAAAGAUAAGUACGGAAAAUCCCUACGGCGACGACGACGACCAAGAUUGUUCACUGCUUAUGGAACUGGCCAAGCGGCGUCAGAGGUGUCUGGAGACAGCUCAAUUGAUGCUGGAAAUAGAUAGGGAAGACCCUACAUCUGGUGAUGAGGACAAGACCUGCUUGGAGACACUCUAUAAACUCGGAAUUCAGGACAAAACAUUUGCCGAUGUUGAGGAAGAUACAAAGUUCAUAAACACAUUAAAUCACUGCUUUGAGUACAAGAACUACAUUCGCGAUAAGAGUAAGCCAAUAAUAAACAUGUUACAGAAAUAUCAAUCGCCGGAGAUCUUAAAGAAAAGAGCCACAUCUGUGAUAAAGUCAAAAAAGGUAGCGAAUAAACCGAAGGCCACGAAUUCAAAUUUUAUCAAUCGAAAACUCUCAGCAACAACUAAGUCGCACCUGUUGGAUCCGAAGAGUGCUGUAAAGAGCUUACAGUCCAGAACAACGACACCGGCCAAAAAACCUCUAUUGAGGGCGUCCUCAACAUCAGAGAAGAAAACCUCGUCAGGUUUGCAAGCAAGAGUGACCCCCAGGGUAACUAACAAGUCGUCAUUGAUUUCAAAUUUACAACAAGCCAAGUCAACGAGUAAGUUGAUUAAAAAGCCUUUACUACCGGAACUGCAGUCAAUGAAAACUGCUCCUAAAGCUGUUGCCAAAACGGUGCCAAAAUCUAGUUCACAGCCUCAAAUCCAGCCCAAGAAGACCACUACGAAGCCAACGGCGUACAUGAAUAUGGGCAAAACUUCCGAGUCGAAAAAAAAGGUCAUUCAGCCAAAAAAGCUGACUCCGAGAGCAACUACUCCGAAGCCGCUGUUAAAGCCGCAAACUCCGUGCUCAGAUACGAAGCCACUUCUACAAGACGUAAUGCUCUCACCCCCAGAAGUCUCCUUGGAAUCUCAAGAGAGUACGAUAAUCAAUACUAAUAACAGAUCUUCUAUCCUUUGCGAAAGGAACGAAAAUGUGACGCCCGAAUCGCAACCCCAAAUAAGGCGGUAUUUUGUGACGCCAGGAAAGAGUCAAAAUGUCGCCGUAGGAAGGAAGAAGCCUACAUCGUAUUUCGGAGAUGUGGCGACUAAAACGAUCACGCCUCAUAAAGAUUACAAUGCUAUUGAAUCACCACUUGGCUUGUACAUUAAGGGUACGGAUGCGCAAUUUGUUCAGAAUGCUCAGACUAGAACGAAUGAUCGAUUGCUUACUCCUGUUUCGUACGAAGGACCGGGGAAGAGUCCAAAACUGAAGUUUAAUCUUGCUUCAAAAGAAAACAUGUCACCAUCUACUCAUGGUGCAGAAAACAUCGUGUUACCAACAGUUCGAUAUCAGUCGGCUAAAAAAGUUUGUAUGACUAAUGAUGAAUCGCCAUAUUCAUCUUUGCAAGCAUUAACGCCUAACUCGAGAACAAAAAAACUUCUUGAGCCCGUCGAAAAUACGGUUGUCAUACGACAUGAAGGACGUGUAAUAGAUUUUAGUCCAAAAUCCAGAUUCUUGGAACCAGAUAUGUCUAUUCGCGCUCAACAUGUAGCUGAAAAGGCAUCGACUAUUCGAAGGAAAUUUAUGUAAAAAAGUGUUGUAAGUUGUUUAUUUUUGUAAGUAUGAGGUGUGCGGCUGAUCUAUUUUUAUUUAUCAUAGAGCAUAUAUCAUAUUCGUAAUAAUUAAUGCUAGGCAUUUGUGAACAAAUCAUUAUUACAGUCAAAUUCAGAUAUUUUUAAUUCUAAAACUCUGUAUAAAUAAUGUUAGAAAUUUAA